CACCAAACUAGUUUACCAUAUAUUUUUAAUCAUUUUAAAGUGUUGUUUUUGAAAGUGUGUGUAAAUAUAUAUAUUUGUACAUAAUUUUUUAUAUAUAAAUAAAAAUUUUAAUUUUUUUUUUUUUUUUUACCAAAUUAAUUUUGUUACUGUUUUAUUUUUCCUAUUUGUUUUUCUAUUUUCUAUAUUAAUAAAGCAAAGAUAUAUAUAUAAUAAUAAAAAUAAAUAAAAUAAAAAAAUAAUAAUAAAAAUAAAAAUAAAUUAUAAUUAGAAAUUUUAAAUUAUUUCAAAUGUUUUAUAUAAAAUAAAAAUUAGAAAAAAAAAAUAUUUAAAAUGAAUAUUUUUAAAUUAGUUUUAAUAAUUAUAUUUAUAAUAGUAAACUAUAAUAACGGCAAUAUUAUAUUAGCUCUAAAUGACCCAAGCAAAGAAGUAGACUGUGGUGAUAUUUCGGGGUCCUCAAAUCAGUUUUUCUCAGUAUUUAAUUUAGCAAAACAAAUAACCAUUAGUACACCUUUUACAUCAACCAUUGCAGGUGCCUCAAUAAGCACCCCAAAAACAUCAUCCAAUAUAAAUCAAUCAUGUGAAUAUUAUAAUAGUAAAAACACAGUUAUAAAUGCCCAAAAAACAACCCUGGGUGAUCAAACUAAAGAUAUUAUCAACUCUUUAUCUGUACAACACUAUUUGCUCUUUAAUGGUUCAGUAACAGUUUCCAAAGGAUCAAAUAUUAAUAUAUCAUGCAACGAUUUAAAUAAUAAUGAAUGUUUUAAAACAAAUAUACUGGACUUAUCAGGAAAAUUAUUAAUUUCAAAUAAGCUAUCAAAUGUUAAUGUACAAUCAGAUAUCAACAUUUCUAAAACUGGUAUACUUACCACCUCAUCAAGCUCAUCAUUGGAUUCAUAUCCAACCCAACCAAAAAUAACAUCACAGAACAAUAUAAAUAACAAUGGUGGUACCAUACAAGUAAAUCAACCCCUAUCAAUUACUACCAAACUACUUAAUAUAAAUUCAAAUGGAAUAUUUAAUAUAAAUGCAUUUUCAUCAAUUAACUCCCCAAUUGAUAUUAAAGGUUCAUCUCAACUUAAUGUAAAUUAUGAAUCCAAUAUUGCAAGCGAUCUAAAUGUAUAUGACAAUUCAAUUGUAAAAGUUCAAAAUAUAAAACUAGAUAACGAAAAAUCAUCUUUUAAUUCAAAUGGAGCAAACACUAUAAGUGUUACAAAUUUUUUAUCAAAUGGUUUACUAAAUAUUAACCAGAGUAAUGUUCAAGUUAAAUCAAUGUUUAAUAUGGGAAGUUCCUCAGUUGUAAAUAUUUUAAAUAAUGGUGGAUUCUUUUCAAACAACAAUAUUAAUAUUAGUGGUUCCUUCAAUAUGGAAAAUGGCUUUUUCAGUUCCUACAUUGGGGAUUUCUUAUUAAAAGAUAACUCAGUUUUCACAACUAAAAGCUCAAACAUUAACAUAAACUCCGCUUUUUCAUCACAUGGGGAUUCUUUAUUUGAAAAUAACAACUGUAAUAAUUUUGCUAUUUUAUCAUUGGAUUUCAAAAUGAAUGAUAAUUCAAAACUAAAAUUUGGAAACUGUAAAGAAAUACAAAUAGAAUCCAUUAGCUCUGUAUUGUCAAACAAUGCAGAGUUUCAUAUUUUGCAAAAGUCCAAGGUUAUGGCAAAUAGUCCUUUUACUUUAAAUGACCAAUCCAAACUAUUAAUCAAUGAAAACUCUCAACACAC